AUGGAACCGACGCCUACUUUGCUCCGCCUCUCCGUCAACACCUCCCGUGUGCCUCCGCUCUCACCAUCAUAUCCGUACAGCACCGCUCAGCUGGUCCUCAUUGCCAUGGUUACCACCUCCCUCAGCAUCCUCACCGUUCUCGGCAACACUUUGGUGAUCCUGUCCAUCAAAGUGAACCGUCACCUGCAGAUGGUCAACAAUUACUUCCUGCUGAGCCUGGCGGUGGCCGACCUGAUCAUCGGCCUGUUCUCCAUGAACGUGUACACGCUGUAUAAGCUGCAGGGCCGCUGGCUGCUGGGCCCCGUGCUAUGUGACGUGUGGCUCGUCCUUGACUACGUGGCGAGCAGCGCCUCGGUCAUGAACCUGCUGCUCAUCAGUCUGGAUCGGUACUUCUGCCUGACGCGACCGCUCAGCUACCCAGUGCGGCGGACGGGCAGGAUGGCGUGCCUGAUGAUUGCUGCCGCCUGGCUGCUUUCUUUCAUUCUCUGGGCUCCCGCCAUCCUGUCCUGGCAGACAGAUAAGGGCGGGCGCGUCGUCCCUAACGAUCAGUGUUACAUCCGUCUACUUGUUAGCCCUGCUGUUACUAUGGGGACGACUCUUCCCUCCUUUUACCUGCCGGCAAUCGUCAUGAUCGGCCUCUACAGUCGCCUGUCAGUCGCCAGCUAUGGCCGAAUGAGUGUGCUCAUGCCAAACCAGGGUGCUCUCAGGGCUUCCAGUCCCUCCUUAAAAGACUUCCUCCUGAGGCAGCGAGGCAUGGGGACGAGUGACCCCUGCUCAGACCUGACCCCGAACCAGCUCCAGUCCUGCACGCCAAAGACCAGAAGGAAGACGAAGACAUGUAGAAGUCCAGAUGAUACAGCGCAGGCAGAGAACUCAUUCAACGCUGACCUCCACAAGGCGGCCUCGGCAGUCUUCUCCUCCUGCCCCGACAUCAGCUCACAUGAGAGGAGGCGGCAGCGAGUGAUGGCGAGGGAGAGGAGGGUCACGAGGACCAUCCUGGCCAUCAUCCUGGUAUUUGUCCUCACCUGGACGCCAUACAAUGUCAUGGCCGUUGUUGCUGCCUUCUGCCAUUGCCGCAUUCCUGACGCCCUGUGGACCACAGGAUACUGGCUGUGCUACGUGAACAGCACUGUCAACCCCGGCUGCUAUGCCCUGUGCAACGUCACCUUCAGAAAAACCUUCUGCAGCCUCCUGCGCUGCCGCUGCAGCCGGCUGUAA